AUGGCUUCAACAAAAAAUUUGGUUCUUUUAGGUCUUCUCAUUGCUCUUGUCCUUCUUGUUUCCACCCAAGUGGGAGCUUCAUCUGCUCAAAAAACCAAACCAAGGCAGUUUGGCGAUGUCCAUGAGGCGCAGUAUGGAGGAGGUGGAUACCCAGGCAAUGGCCGCGGUGGGGGCUACCCUGGACGUGGUGGUGGACGUAACGGAUAUCCGUGGAGAGGUUGCAGAUAUGGUUGUUGCCGUGGGUACCGCAAUGGACGGGGAUGUGCUAGGUGUUGUGCCACUGCUCGUGAAGCUCCUGAUGCUCUAUUUCAAGAUGAUAUCAAGAAUUGA